AUGAGAACCCUCGAAUUAACGGCAAUUUUUAUGAUGCCUUUUCUCCUACUUGGCAUGUUCGGCAACGUACACAUGCUUUUCGCGACAUUCAGAUUUAGCCAGUUGCAAAAUCGCAACGGAAUUCUGAUUGCAUUAAUUGCUUUCUUCGAUUUUAUAAGUGAACUGCAUGAAUCAAAGAGUGUUAUUGAAAUAUUUUUCGGCAAAUCGUUGAUGCCACGCAUUGUGUGUUUCCGCUCCAUUUUCCUGUAUUCAAUUUCAUUCAACAUGGCUUGCGUCGCGGUACUUUUUCUGGCCAUCGAUCGAUUCAUUGCGGUUUGGUCACCAGUACGAUAUCGUGCGAUUGGUACCAAGUGGUUCAUUCUUCUAGCAGUUGUUGCUGGCCUUGCGUACUCGACACCUAUUGUCAUUAUCAACUUCGCUAUGCUUGAUGAUAAGGUAAUUGACUACCAGUUUGGUACGGUCGAAAUAGUAAUUACUGGUUUAUAA